AUGACCCUCCAAUCAGUCAAUGGACAACACAUUCGGCCAAAGCCAAACCAAGCCUCAGAGACAAGGGCUGAUGAAACUGUCUACUUUCUAGAUGCCUCUGGUCUUGACGAUGCUGGGACAGACUUCUAUCACUUUGCAAGGUUGGAUAUGCAGCUUUUGGAAGACCUGCCAACCUGGAAUUUUAUCAACUUCCACACAACAGAUGAUCAUUUCUAUGGUGAAACUGAUGAUGGAAUGACUGCCUGCCAUUUGAUGAGACAUUCAUCAGAUAAUUCCGGUGACAAGCUGGUUGGUGUGGUUAGUGACCGUGAAAACAAUCUAUGGUAUGAGAUAGGACCCAGCCUUGAUGGAGAAGUCCUUGUCACAGUGACAUAUGAAGGUGACAUUCCUCCUUUAGCAGCCAAUGAGCAAAAAAUCAUUGGUCAAGUGCAAUCUUGGUACUAUGAUGUGUAUAACUACUUGGAAUACUUGUGGAGUCUCCCCUGGCCAUACUUGCGGGAUCUACCGUGGAUCCUUCGAAUAGAUCCGGCCAAAGAACAAGUGGUAGAUGUCAUGAUUGUCUGGUCACAAAAUGCAGAAUGCCGUCGGAGUUUUUUGGGGGUUGAUUGUACUCUCACAGAAGACACUCGGGACAAUAUGCUGGCUGCAUCUGAACUUGUCAUGGUCGCAACAAACUUUGCAUACCAGAAUUCCGACACAAGCACUGUCUUCCGUUUAGCCCAUGGCCAACGCGAUCCUACGGGAUACAGAGAAGAGAGCACUUCUGCAAUAUUGGAAGACAUGACAAGUUCUGCCUCUGGGGAUGGCCAAUUGGAAUACAUCCAUCGUUUGAGGGAGUUUUAUAAGGCAGACCUGGUCACAUUUAUCUUUGACAAUCGCGUAGCAGAGGACAACUUUUGUGGUCGUGCCUACGUUCCAUAUCCUCGGAACCUUCCUUUGAGACCCUCGCGAGGGUUUUCCACCUAUGCUGCUGGUUGCAUGUUUGCAAUCUACGUUCCUGCACAUGAAUAUGGUCACAACAUGGGAUGCUCUCAUGAUCGUGGCACCGAUGAUGCUUGCGAUGACAACAAGAAUACCUACUAUGGCUUCCGCUCUCCAACAGGUACUUUUCGAACCAUCAUGGCAUAUUCGUGUGUUCAGGGUGAGUGCGAUGACUACCAGCUGAAUAGAUUCUGUUCAGUUGUACCCUACUUCUCUGGAUCUGCAUCCUAUCAAAAUGGAGAGGUACUGGGUGGGGAAGAAAACAACUGUCGAGAACGGAUUAGGCUGGACAAGAGGGCAAUUUCCAGGUUUCGCUGA